AUGAAGAUUUCAGCGCCAGGAAACAGCCCAAACACCGAUGGAAUUCAUGUGGCGGAAUCCUCAAGAGUGACAAUUAUGAACUCAAAAAUUGGCACCGGAGAUGAAUGUGUCUCUAUAGGCCCCGGCACAUCCAACCUGUGGAUCGAAAAUGUCGCCUGCGGCCCUGGUCAUGGAAUAAGCAUUGGCAGUCUAGCGUGGCAACUGCAAGAACCUGAAGUGCAAAAUGUGACAGUUAAGUCAACUACAUUUACAGGAACACAAAAUGGGGUAAGGGUGAAGACAUGGGCCAGGCCAAGCAAGGGGUUUGUUAAAUAUGUUCUUUUCCAGCAUCUUGUAAUGGUUUCGGGUGUAAAGAUUAGACAUAUAACUUAUCAUGACAUACAUAGGAGUUCGGCAACCAAAAUUGCAAUGAAGUUUGACUGCAGCAGUGAUAUUAACUUGAAAGACGUUAAGCUGACCUACAAUAAUGAACCGGCUCAUUCGUCAUGCAUUAAUGCCAAUGGAAAGGCUUCUGGCUUAGUUCAACCUAACAACUGCUUAGCAUGGACCUCAGCUUGUGCCUCUACUCAGGCAGCCACCAUAUACGUACCACCAGGGAGAUUCUUGCUCCGCACUGCAACUUUUUCCGGCCAGUCAUGCAAGAAUCAGGCUAUAAAUAUGCGCAUUGAUGGCACUCUUGUAGCUCCAUCUAAUUAUAAUGUUAUUGGAAAUUCUGGUACCUGGAUCAAGUUCGAAAGAGUGACCGGAGUUUCCGUCAUUGGUGGUACCCUAGAUGGCCGAGGGGCUAAUUUGUGGGCUUGCAAAAAUUCCGGCAAGAGUUGUCCAAACGGAGCAACGACACUGGCAUUCUACAAUUCGAAAAACAUCAUAAUCAAUGGAUUAUCUUCAAUAAAUAGCCAGAAGUUCCACAUUCAGGUUUAUGGAAGUCAAAACGCCAAGCUGGUGGGAAUGAAGAUUUCAGCGCCAGGAAACAGCCCAAACACCGGUGGAAUUCAUGUGGCGGAAUCCUCAAGAGUGACAAUUAUGAACUCAAAAAUUGGCACCGGAGAUGACUGUGUCUCUAUAGGCCCCGGCACAUCCAACCUGUGGAUCGAAAAUGUCGCCUGCGGCCCUGGUCAUGGAAUAAGCAUUGGCAGUCUAGCGUGGCAACUGCAAGAACCUGGAGUGCAAAAUGUGACAGUUAAGUCAACCACAUUUACAGGAACACAAAAUGGGGUGAGGGUGAAGACAUGGGCCAGGCCAAGCAAGGGGUUUGUUAAAUAUGUUCUUUUCCAGCAUCUUGCAAUGGUUAACGUCCGAAACCCAAUAAUUAUUGACCAAAAUUAUUGCCCCCAUCACCGCAAUUGUCCUAAUCAGGUUUCGGGUGUAAAGAUUAGUCAUAUAACUUAUCAUGACAUACAUGGGAGUUCGGCAACCAAAAUUGCAAUGAAGUUUGACUGCAGUAAAGGAAAUCCAUGCAGUGAUAUUAACUUGAAAGAUGUUAAGCUGACCUACAAUAAUGAACUGGCUCGUUCAUCAUGCAUUUAUGCCAAUGGAAAGGCUUCUGGCUUAGUUCAACCUAACAACUGCUUGUAUAAUUAG